AUGUCGACAAUAUACAUAGAUCAAACAUCGGGCGUCGACGCCCCCGGAAACGGAUCCAUUGAUCAGCCUUAUCAGUCCCUUGCCUAUGCCCUCUUCUCGACGCCUUCCGCUGCAGUUGAAACGACACAACACCAGAUCCGCAAGGACUCAGAUGCAGUAUAUGAUGCACCAACUCAGUCUGCGAUGAAAAAGGCCAAAAAGGACGCCCAGGGACUUGAGAAGAAACGACUAAAAGCACAAACGGAAGAGCGAGAAGCAAAAGAGAAGGCAGAGAAACGCGAACGAAGGCUCCAGGACAGCAAAAAAAUCGUGCUUACUGAAGACCCAUCCCUCCCUCAAUCUAUCAAGUCCAAGAUCGUAAAACUGGAGUCCCUUCGCGGGCAGCGCGUCCGGGUAUCUGGCUGGGUUCACAGGCGGCGUGAUCAGCAAGAAAUCAUGUUUAUCGUCCUGCGGGACGGGACAGGAUAUCUACAGGCUGUUCUUACUGGAAAUACGACUAAAACAUUCGAUGCUGUAACAUUACAGCUAGAGGCAUCAGUUGAGCUGACUGGCACACUGAAGGCGGUUCCUGAAGGCCAGCGCGCCCCCGGAGGACACGAACUAGUCGUUGACUAUUGGCGCGUUCUUGGUGCUGCUCCUGGUGCCGAGGAAGCAUUUACUAACAGACUCAACGAGCAAUCUGACCCAUCGAUUCUGGCUGAUCUCCGGCAUCUCGUUCUCCGUGGCGAGAUCGCCUCUUCUGUGCUGCGCCUUCGUGCAGCCCUUCUCUCCGCUUUCCGUCAAUCGUAUGCAGACAACGACCUUCUGGAGGUGACCCCUCCCUGUUUGGUACAAACCCAAGUGGAGGGUGGCGCAACGCUCUUCAAGUUCGAUUACUACGGUCAACCAGCUUUCCUUACGCAGAGCUCCCAGUUGUAUCUUGAAACAUGUCUUCCUUCCCUUGGUGACGUGUUCUGCGUCCAGGAGAGUUUCCGUGCCGAAAACAGUCACACUCGCAGACAUCUGAGCGAGUACACACACCUUGAAGCCGAACUUGCAUUCAUUACAUUUGAUGACCUCAUGACACACAUAGAAUCCAUUAUUUGUGAAACGGUCGACAAGCUCCUCGCCAAUCCUUCCACUGCAGCUCUCAUUAAAACUCUGAACCCCAACUUUACACCUCCUUCUCGGCCAUUCAUGCGUAUGUCCUACGCGUCCGCCAUCGCAUGGCUCAACGAACACAAGAUCCAACGCCCGGCGGAGGACGCUGACGGCAACGUGAUCACCAAGAAAGACGAGGGGACGGGUAAAGACGAGCCCGUCAUGGUCGACCAUGAAAUUGGUGAUGACAUUGCGGAAGCCGCGGAGAGGCAGAUGACGGAUAUCAUCGCGGCUCCGAUCUUUUUGUAUGGCUUCCCUGCGGAGCUGAAGGCAUUCUACAUGCAGAAGAUGCCCAGGAAAGAAGGAGAGCAGGGCCCUGUGUACACAGAGAGCUGUGACCUUUUGAUGCCUGGUGUCGGAGAAAUUGUUGGCGGGUCGAUGAGGAUAGCUGGUAUGGAAGAGCUACUGGCGGCAUACAAGCGCGAGGGCAUUGACCCCGCUCCUUAUUACUGGUUCACGGACCAGCGCAAAUAUGGUACUUGCCAGCAUGGAGGGUACGGACUCGGCGUCGAGCGUUUCCUUGCAUGGCUAGCUAACAGAUUUACAGUGAGGGAAUGCUCGCUGUAUCCACGGUGGCCCGGUCGUGCAACACCUUAG